AUGAUGCUACCGCCAGAUCCUAUUUACAUUUUCAAAGGAGAAAUGAAUUCAUUAUCAUGCGUAUCUUACAAAGUUAAUCAGGAAAGUGAAAAUAUUUAUGUCGGAACUCAAACUGGAAAAGUUCACGUUUGGGAUCUCGAGUCCAAAAGGGAAAUUGGAUAUUUUACCUCGGGUGAUGAUGUCUGUCUCUCGAUUAUAAUUCCUGAAAAAGAAAACGAUUGCAUAAUAACUCAAAAUAAAUCUGGAAAAAUUUGUUUUUGGAAAGAGGAAAAUAAUAAUAAAUGGACCAUGACAUGUGAAAUAUCGACUGAUUUUUUCGGUUUUUGUAAAUGUUUUUUACAUGACGAUGUUUUAUACACAUCAUUAAAAGACUGCAGUUGUCAAGAAAUAUGUAUAAAAACAAAAGAAACUAUUAAAAAAUACAAAUUGAAAAGUGAUGAUGGUAAAAAUUUAGGUGAAAUAAUGGCAUUAAAAGUUUUUUCUAAUAAUGAUAAUAAGUUAUUCAUGUUAGUCGCUUACGAGGGAAAUCAAUUGAGUUUAUGGUCAUUAGAUGAUUUGAAUGAGAUGAGUAAUUUAAAUUUAUCUGCUUGCCCAAUGGCGAUAGAUUUCGAUGUGAAAACGAAUAAAGGGAUUUGUGGGAAUCCGACAAAUGAAUUCAUCAUAUUUUCAAUUGAUAAUAAUAAUAAUGAUUUAAAAUUGAAAAUUGUAAGAAGUGUCAAGUUGGUCAAUGAAGGCGUUGCAUCAGUUCGAAUAAGGCCGGAUAGUAAAUUAGUUGCUGUCGGUUGUUGGGACGGCAAGUUGAAAUUAUAUUCUUGGAAAAGUUUAGUUCUCUUAGCAGUGUUGGAUCCUCACGUAUUAACGCUUCAGGAUAUUUGUUACAUAAGGACAAAAACGGAUAAUGAAAAAAUUAAAUACUUGAUGGCGGCUGCAUCGAAAGACUCGACCGUGUCACUUUGGGAUAUUUACAAUUGA